UCAAAAAUAUUAGUAUUGGGAAAUCGCGCAAAAAGCCUGAAUCUUUUUACCUUUUUCAACAUGUUAAUUGACGGUUUCUGUCCCUACACAACCUACCCCCAUUAACCAAGCUUAAACCCACGCUCUUCUUCUUUCUUCAUGUCACUCAUCAACUCAACUUUCUUCUUCUGACCCGUUUCUUCUUCAUGGGUUGCUCUUUCUUCGCUUGCUUUGGUUCCUCCAAACACAAAAAGCCCACCCCCAAGGUUCAACUUCAAGAAAAUGGUAGUAGCAAGCCACAGCAACAGCAACAAAGCGUAGUACUACCUUUGGUUCAGGAUCACUCCGAAACCCUUCUAAGCCCUUCGGUACAACAACUCCAGGAUAAAACCGAAGAGGAACGGAGUGUUGGCGUAAAAAAGAAAGUGACUUUUGAUUCCAAUGUGAAAACAUAUGAAUCUGUUUUGUCUGAGAAGGAUACUGAAGGUGUUUUGACUGAGAAGGAUACUGAAGGUGUAAAGGAAGAAAGUUCGGCUAAAACAACUCAAUCGAAGUCAUUUUCUUCUGAAGAUAGUUCUGUGACUUCAACUGGAUCUUACCCUUCUAAUCAUAGGUACCAGAAUUGCAGGGAUAGUGAUGGGGAAGAUGAAGAAAUUGAUGACUGGGUUGAUGAUCUUAGCGAUGAUGAUGAGGACGAUGGAAUUAGAGAAGAAUGUGAUGGAUUAGGUGUGGAGUUUGAAGAAGAUGAAUUGGCAUAUUCAAAGCCGAGGGUGAUAGAUAAUGUUGAUCAUGUAUUUGCUGAGGAGGUGGAGAGUGAGGUGGAGAGUCCUAUUCCUAUUUGUGAAAAGGAUGUGGAGACUAUUGGAUUCAAUCCUAAUGCUAGAGACAGAAGUGAUUAUGUUCAUCCUGUGUUGAACCCGGUUGAAAACAUCUCUCAGUGGAAAGCUGUUAAGGCUAGAAGGAGACCAACAUUAAGGCCUCAAAAAGAGAAUAAUGUUUUUUCCAACCCUGAAUCAAAGGUUUCAUUUGGUGCUAAGGAAGUCUCAGAAUCCGACACACCAAAGAAGUCGAACAAGGAAAUUGCAGUUGAUGCUAGCCUUUCAAAUUGGCUUGGUUCAUCAGAGACUACACCUGUUAACAAGACUAAUUUGUAUCCUGAUGGUAGUUUUGGUACUCCUGAUAGGAGUAACUCACAUCAAGGAUCAAAGACUACUAUGUAUGCUGGUGGUAGUUUUGGUACUCCUGAUAGGAACAGCUCACAUCAAGGUUCAAAUUCUGUGAUGAGCCUUGAAGAUAGGCCUAUUUUAGGGGCUUUAACGGUGGAGGAGAUUAAGCAAUUUUCUGCCACUCCGUCCCCGAGGAAGUCACCUUCUAAGAGUCCAGAUGACAUGCCGAUUAUAGGAACGGUUGGGUCCUAUUGGCAUUUCGCUGAGGAUUCUGGCUCAGCUUCAUCCUUUAAAGGAAUUCCAAACACAACUAGCAAGUAUAGAGAGGAUAGGAAGGUGAAUUGGCAUACAACUCCAUUUGAGACAAGGCUAGAGAAAGCAAUGAAUAGAGGUGAUGUUAGUGAGUCAUGUUAAUUUCUGCUCCUUUGGGAUACUACCCUAUUGAGACAAGGUUAGAGAAAAUAUUGAAUAUAGGUGCUGCAGAAGCUGCUUCUACUUGUGUUCCCUGUGUAACUUACUUAGAAAAGUUUACAAUGAUGUUUGCCUAUGUGAAGUAUAUUCUGUUUGGAGUGUAUUUUUUAAUUCUUUUGUAUGGAUGAGAUAUGAUGAAAUGUGUGAUUUGUUCUUGUAAUA